AUGGGACUGACUUUCGCGUGGCCAUCUUCAACAUUCCUUCUCUUCACCUCGGAGAAUACAACUUUAAACCGACCAAUGACUGAUGGAGAAACUGCUUUACUGGGCAGUUUGUCCAGUAUAGGAGCUUUGGUCGGUAAUCCUAUAGCCAGUGUGCUAUUGAAUGUGAUUGGAAGAAAGUAUUGUGCUGUACUAACAGCUUCUAUAGGUGUAAUAUCCUGGAUAAUGAUAUCAUUCAGCAACCAGGUGGAGGUUAUUCUAGCUGCUUUGUUCAUAUACGGUAUCAGUGGUUCUGUGUUCCUAGUAGUGCCAGUUUAUAUCACAGAGUUUUGCCAAGAAUCCAUCAGGGGCACUAUGGCCUCAUGUCCUAUAAUAUUCUACGGCCUCGGAAUGUUGGUGUCUAACUUGCUUGGCGGUUGUUUGGAAUACCACUCUCUGACUUAUGUUAUCCUAGCCAUGAGUGUGUUUGGAGUUGCUAUGUUUUUGUUCCUGAAAGAGUCGCCGGUGUAUCUCAUGACGAAGGGAAGGAAAGAGGAGGCCAUAAAGUCUAUCGCUUUCUACAAAAACGCGAAACCGAAUUCAAAAGACGUGUUGCAGGAAUUGGACAAAAUUAGAAAAAUUCUGAGUCCUGAAAUGGAAGACGAGUCUAUUCCCGAAAAAGAAAAACUCAAUCCAAAUUUGGAAUCGUCGCGCCCUGAAAAACUUGGGUUUUUCAAAUUUCUCAAGAAAUCUCAAUCCACUCGUCGUGCUAUGUAUAUGAUACUAACAGUUUUAACGGCGGCCAUCAUGCAAGGCCUAAACAUGGUGCUGAUCUACUCCAAACCGUUGUUCCACGAAAUGGUGCCCGAAGAAAUCAUGUCAUCCACACUGUGCAGUGUGCUGCUCGCAGCGAUGGUGGUGGUCAGCGGAAUCAUUGCUGGAUACUUGACCGAUCUGGUUGGACGACGGCUUCUUUUAAUAUUCGCCUCAUUCGGAGCGGGUCUCUGCUGCGCAAUAAUUGGGUUACAAAUGUACUUUACUUGGGGUCCCAAGUGGCUGAUAGCUGCGCUCAUCUACUUGUAUUCUGCGACAUACACUAUCGGUGCUGGUACUAUACCGUUUGUUCUGCUCUCAGAAGUGUUCCUGCCUGAGGUCAAAAGCUACAUGUCCAUGUUGGCAUUGGAGUGGACUUGGCUGUGUAAUUUCUUAUGUCUGUUCCUGUUCAACUGGCUCAUGGUCACCGUGGGUCUCGGAGCCAUCUUCUUCAUCUUCUCCGUCGUGUGUUUCCUCACCGCUGUGUAUUCUAUCUACUUUGUCCCUGAAACGAAGGGGUUGACGGUCGAUGUUAUACAGUUGCAGUUUGUGAAAUCGAAGCGUACUGAUGUUGAGAUGUGA